AUGGAGCCGGAAGUGAGCAUCGAAGGAUCGGCGAUGAUCCAGGUGGCGGUGGUUCCGAUCGGAACGGUGCCAUCGAACGUGAUGCGGGACUACUACUCCAUGCUGCUCCCGCUGCACACGAUCCCGCUGUCCGCCAUCAGCUCCUUCUACACCGAGCACCAAAAGUCCCCGUUCGCCGUCCAGCCAUGGGACUCCGGCUCCCUCCGCUUCAAGUUCGUCCUCGGGGGCGCACCGCCCAGUCCCUGGGAGGACUUUCAGUCGCACCGCAAAACCCUCGCCGUCAUCGGCGUCGUCCACUGCCCUUCCUCCCUGGAUCUCGACGCCGCCGUCGAUUUCUUCGCCAUUUCCUGCAAGUCCUUCCCCUCUUCCCUCGUCGAUCGCUGUUUCGCCUUCUGCCCUAACGAUUCGCAGCUUGAGGAUGGAAGUAAGAAAGGGGGAAAUUUGAGAUUGUUUCCUCCUGCAGAUCGUCCUACACUGGAGUUCCACUUGAACACUAUGAUCCAAGAGAUUGCUGCGUCACUGCUUAUGGAGUUUGAGAAAUGGGUUCUUCAGGCAGAAUCUUCUGGAACCAUUCUCAAGACUCCUUUGGAUUCUCAAGCUAGUCUCAGCUCAGAGGAGGUUAUCAAGGCCAAAAAGAGAAGGCUUGGGCGUGCCCAGAAGACCAUUGGUGAUUACUGUUUGCUGGCAGGGUCCCCGGUUGAUGCCAAUGCUCAUUAUUCUACUGCAUUGGAACUUGCCAGGUUAACUGGUGAUUACUUCUGGUAUGCUGGUGCAUUGGAGGGUAGUGUUUGUGCCUUGCUGACAGUUGCAGAUCUCAUGAAUCUAAAGGUAAAAUUAGGUGCUACUAUUGUUUCUGGAGCUACUAUGAUUGAUCGAAUGGGCCAAAAAGAUUCAACCCUAGAAGACGAAGUUAGAUAUCGUUAUAAUAGUGUCAUCUUGAAUUACAAGAAGUCACAAGAUAAUGCUCAGCGAGUUUCUCCCCUAACUUUUGAACUUGAAGCUACUUUGAAAUUAGCAAGGUUUCUUUGCAGGAGAGAGCUGGCGAAGGAGGUGGUAGAGUUGUUGACCACAGCUGCAGAUGGUGCUAAAUCUUUAAUUGAUGCAAGUGAUAGGCUCAUAUUAUAUAUUGAAAUAGCUCGUCUGUAUGGAACUCUUGGAUACCAUAGAAAAGCUGCAUUUUUCUCAAGGCAGGUUGCUCAGUUAUAUCUGCAGCAAGAAAAUAGACUGGCUGCAAUUAGUGCUAUGCAAGUUUUGGCAAUGACCACUAAAGCUUAUCAUGUUCAAAGCAGAUCAUCAAUUUCCAGUCAAGCUUUGCACAGUAAGGGAAUUGUAUCAAAUAAUGCUGAUGGUGGGAAAACGAAUCACCAAUCAGCAGUUUCACUGUUUGAGUCUCAAUGGAGUACCCUCCAGAUGGUUGUAUUAAGAGAAAUUCUGCUCUCUGCCAUGCGUGCUGGUGAUCCUCUUACUGCAUGGAGUGCUGCAGCACGACUCCUUAGAUCCUACUAUCCUCUAAUAACACCUGCUGGGCAACAUGGCCUUGCUAAUGCACUUUCAAAUUCAGCUGACAGGCUGCCACCAGGAACUCGUUGUGCUGAUCCUGCCUUGCCCUUUGUAAGGUAUUUACUUGGUUAA